AUGAAAGAGGUGGUUAUUGGUCAUGAAGGGAUCAAACAAGAGCGCGAAGAUCGAUGGCUGGAAAAAGUUAGCAAGAACGAGAUUUUUCUGCUCGCUGUCGAGAAGGAGAUGCUGAAAAAGUGGACAGAUGGUUCGACUAGAAACAGGAAGUUAACGACAGUUCUGCGAAGUAUAUAUCAAAAAGAAACACAGCUUCAUCCUCUCUCUAUGCAGUCGUUAUCAGUUAGUGGAAGUUUUGUACUUCCAAAAGCCAUUUUCAUACCUCCUUCACAGGUUGUCACAUUAGUAGCCGAAUAUGAUGCAGAUAUGACCAUUCAAGAAUUGACACGAAGGCUUGUAAAAUCAGGAAAAAUCAGCGAGCAAGAGAGAAGAAUACGUUACGCUGAAAAUUUGUUGCUGGCAGUGGCUAAUCAGAGACGUACCAUGCACAUGACGAAAAUUUUGUUUGAACUUGGGAAAAAUGUUGUUGCCAACAUUUCGAAUACAUCUGGGGAAGACACUGGAAAAGUUCUUGCCAACUGUAUUUUUCCAGUUGGUUUCUUUGCUUUAUUUAUUUAUUCAUGUGGUAUUGAAACUUAA